CGUACACUUGAAACUCUCUCAUCCAUACGAUGCCUAAUAGAUAUAUGCCGUGUCUGAUCGAGCGAUUUAUUCCUACUAGGCCUCCCUUGUGAUUCAGUACUGUGUAAACACAGAGAGGAGGCCAAAAGCAAUGGAGAGAAGAAACUCUAGGGAAGAGAGAGAAAUAAACGAGUUCGAUGAUGGAGGAGAUACAAAGAAGAUAGGUGGCGGCGAAAGGAAAAUGAUUAUGUUGGAGAUCGAGAGGGUGUUUAAGGACACGGAGGUGCCGCCAUGGACGAAACAGAUAACCAUAAGGUCUAUGGUGACGAGCUUUAUUUUGAGCAUUGUGUUCAACUUCAUUGUGUGCAAGCUUAACCUAACUACUGGAGUCAUACCGUCUCUUAACGUUGCGGCGGGUUUGUUGGGAUUUGCCGUUUUAAAGGGUUAUACGGCCCUCCUUGAUAGGUGUGGUAUGUUAAAGCAGCCAUUCACCAGGCAAGAGAACACUGUCAUCCAAACAUGUGUUGUUGCGUCCUCUGGGAUUGCAUUUAGCAGUGGCACUGCAAGCUAUCUGCUAGGAAUGAGUCCUAUGAUAGCUGCCCAAGGAGAUGGAGCAAGCACACCAAUCAACGUGAAGCCACUCUCUCUUGGUUGGAUGAUUGGGUUCCUCCUUGUCGUGAGCUUCGUUGGCUUAUUCUCUAUUGUGCCCCUAAGAAAGAUGAUGAUCUUAAAGUACAAGUUGACCUACCCAAGUGGGACUGCAACUGCAUACCUCAUCAACAGCUUUCACACACCCAGGGGAGCUAAGCUGGCAAAGAAACAAGUUAGUGUGCUCUUUCAAUCCUUCUGCUUUAGCUUUGUGUUUGCCUUUUUCCAAUGGUUUUACACUGCUGGCGAUGAUUGUGGGUUUUCAAACUUCCCUACCUUCGGCCUCCAAGCCUAUCAACAGAGGUUCUACUUUGAUUUCUCAUCGACGUAUGUUGGUGUUGGAAUGAUUUGCCCUUACAUGGUAAAUAUAUCUUUGCUUAUUGGAGCCGUACUCUCGUGGGGAAUUAUGUGGCCAUUGAUUGAGCACAAGAAAGGUGACUGGUAUAGCGCUCAACUAUCUCCAAGCAGUCUCCAUGGCAUUCAAGGAUAUAGGGUUUUUAUUGCAAUUGCGAUGAUGCUUGGUGAUGGCCUUUUCCACGUUGUCUAUAUGCUAAUCAAAACUGCAAGCAGUCUUGUAACACAUAAAUCUGUGGUUGAAGAUCAUCCGUCAGACUCUGAGAUUGAAAACUACGAUGAGAAACGACGGACGGAGUUGUUCUUGACAGAUCAGAUUCCUGUUUGGGUAGCUUUCCUUGGAUAUGGUAUCCUCGCAGUGAUAUCCAUUAUAUCAGUCCCCUUCAUCUUCCACCAAUUGAAAUGGUACCAUAUAUUGGUUGCUUAUGCCAUUGCGCCAAUUUUGGCUUUCUGCAAUGCCUAUGGAUGCGGUCUUACCGAUUGGUCUCUUGCUUCCAACUAUGGCAAAGUUGCUAUCAUAAUCUUCAGUUCUUGGGUUGGUCUUGAAAAUGGGGGAGUUAUUGCUGGUCUUGCUUCUUGUGGUGUCAUGAUGAGCAUUGUUUCUACUGCUUCUGAUCUCAUGCAGGACUUCAAGACUGGAUAUCUGACUUUGGCAUCUCCUCGCUCUAUGUUCUUUAGCCAAGUUUUUGGUACAGCCAUGGGUUGCCUCAUGUCGCCUUUGGUCUUCUGGUUUUUCUACAAAGCAUACUCUGUUGGCGACCCAAACGGAUCCUAUCCUGCGCCUUACGGCUUAUUAUACCGCGGAAUUGCCCUUCUUGGAGUUGAGGGUAUCGAUUCCCUUCCCAAAAAUUGCGUCAAACUUGCUAUCACAUUUUUUUGCAUUGCUAUUGCCCUAAAUAUACUGAGCGAGCUGCUGAGGUGUUAUGAAACAAAGUACAGGAUGUAUAGGUUUGUUCCAAGCGCAAUGUGCAUGGCCAUCCCAUUCUAUCUUGGUGGAUACUUCGCCAUUGACAUGUGUGUUGGGAGCUUGAUUCUCUUCUUGUGGCAGAUGAAGAACAAGCCAAAAGCCCACGACUUUGCACCUGCUGUGGCAUCCGGCCUCAUCUGUGGUGAUUCUUUAUGGGGAAUUCCAGCUGCUAUACUCUCUCUUGCCGGUAUUAAAGCUCCUAUAUGCAUGCAGUUCUUAUCUGCCUCUCAAAUACAAGGUUAAGUUGAUGCUUUUUAUCUGUAAAUAGGCAGCACUUUUUUAGCUCAGUAAUAAACUUGAAAUUAUAUUUUAAGCAUGUCAUUUUCUUGA